CGGCGCGCUGUGAUGACGUCACGGGGCGCGCCGAGGCGGGUCGGCGGAAUGAUGGCGGCCCUGCGGGGGGGGCUCGGGCGGUGCCGGCCCCUGCGCGGCGCGGCGGGUCCCGGGGGGAGGUGGCCCGCGCCCACCGGAGGGGCCGCGCUCAGGCCCUGCAGCAGCGGCGCGGCUCCGGGGCGCCUCGGCAAGGCCGUCAUUGACCGCAUCAUCCGCGUGGACCACGCCGGGGAGUUCGGCGCGAACCGCAUCUACGCGGGGCAGAUGGCCGUCCUGGGCAGGUCCAGCGCGGGGCCGGUCAUUCAGCAAAUGUGGAAUCAAGAAAAAGACCACCUGAAAAAGUUCAAUGAACUAAUGGUCGCAUACAGAGUUCGACCUACUAUUCUGUUGCCUUUUUGGAACGUAGCAGGUUUUGUUUUAGGGGCUGGAAGUGCUUUACUUGGAAAGAAAGGUGCAAUGGCUUGCACGGUGGCAGUGGAGGAGAGUAUAUCGGAUCACUACAACAGCCAGAUCCGAACUCUCGUGGAAGGAGAUCCAGAAAAGUACAAAGAACUAUUGCAGAUCAUAAAGCAGUUUCGGGAUGAUGAACGGGAGCACCAUGACAUUGGGCUGGAGCACGAUGCAGAAGCGGCACCAGCUUAUUCAGUUUUGAAGACAGCUAUUCAGCUUGGAUGUAAGGCUGCAAUAUUUUUAUCAGAAAGAAUUUAGUGAUCUUUUCCAUAAUACUUGUGGCAAUAAACUGACACAAAAGUGCAUGGAAAUUGCAGAAGACUAAUAGUUAUUUUAUUCAGCCUUUUAAAAUUUUCUUCACUAAGCAUCUGAAUCAGCCAUCCUUUGUCACAUCGAGUUGCCGUUCAGAAAUGCCUGCGUUAAAGUCAGUUGAGCUAAAUGUGAAUAAGGGAGGCAGAACUGGUUCAGUUUUUAGGGGUGCUGCUUAUUCAGAGACUGAUCACAAGGUGGCAGCAAAAUAUGUAUGGAUGUAUGUACAUGAUUUUUAUAUAUAAUGCGUGUGUUUGUAGACACACAAAAAUGAUAAAUACAUUCUUUGUUGCCUUCAAGUUUAUAUGCACUUGAAAUAAGCUGGAGCUCAUCGGCUUAUUUUAAAAUGGUUAAUACUAAUUAAGUAGGACGUUUGAGUUCUAUUUUCAGGGUCAGUAAAUGAAGUACUAGCAAGUAUUUCUUUUCAGUCUGUCUUGAAUAAAAAUUGAUAUUAUAAGA